CAAUCAAUGAUUUUCCAAAACAUCCUAGAAGAAAUAGAAAACCAUCAACCGCAACCGUGUAAGUUUCUGGAACUUUCCACCAUGAUCGAGAUCCUGCACCUGUAGAACACUAACUUCAAUACCCGAAUGAUUUAAACACCGUAUUCCUUCGACACCAUUAUCAUCAACAACCUCAAAUUCCAAGCACAAGUUCUCUGAGUUGUUUUGUGAGAUAGCACAUAGCAUAGCAAGGAAGGAGUAUUACAACCGAAACCCUGAAGAAAAAAAGAGUAGAGGAAGAAAAAACACCUGCACCACCAACGAUGGGUGUGGAUUACUACAAGAUCUUGCAGGUUGAUAGGAGCGCCAAAGACGACGACUUGAAGAAGGCUUAUAGGAAACUUGCUAUGAAAUGGCACCCUGAUAAGAACCCCAACAACAAGAAAGAAGCUGAAGCUAAGUUUAAGCAGAUUUCCGAAGCAUACGAGGUACUUAGUGAUCCCCAAAAGAGAGCAAUCUAUGAUCAAUAUGGAGAAGAGGGUCUGAAGGGUCAGGUUCCUCCUCCUGAUGCUGGUGGUGCUGGAACUGGAACUACUUUCUUCUCCACAGGAGAUAUCCCGGGUUCGUUUCGGUUCAAUCCGAGGAAUGCCGAUGACAUUUUUGCAGAGUUCUUUGGUUUCUCAAGCCCAUUUGGUGGAAUGGGUGGGAGAGGUGGUGGCGGCAGUGGUGGUGGCAUGAGAUCAAGGUUCCCUGGUGGGAUGUUUGGUGAUGAUAUGUUUGCAUCUUUUGGGGAAGGGGGAGGAGUACAUAUGAGUCAAGGUGCAUCUCGGAAAGCUCCUCCCAUUGAGAGUAAAUUGCCCUGCACUCUUGAGGAGAUAUAUAAAGGGACUACAAAGAAGAUGAAGAUCUCUAGAGAAAUUGCAGAUGCUAGUGGAAAAACCAUGCCAGUAGAGGAAAUCUUGACCAUUAAUGUCAAGCCUGGCUGGAAGAAAGGAACAAAGAUCACAUUCCCUGAAAAGGGAAAUGAACAGCCAAACGUGAUGCCUGCAGACCUUGUUUUCAUCAUUGACGAAAAACCGCAUGGCGUCUUCACUCGUGACGGAAAUGACCUUGUUGUCACCCAGAAGAUUUCUCUUGCAGAGGCAUUAACUGGUUAUACAGUGCACCUCACUACCCUAGAUGGUAGAAACUUAACCAUACCAAUCAACAAUGUUAUUCAUCCCAAUUAUGAAGAGGUUGUCCCAAGAGAAGGAAUGCCACUUCCAAAAGAUCCAUCAAAGAAGGGGAAUUUGAGGAUAAAGUUUAACAUCAAGUUCCCAACUAGGCUCACUGAAGAGCAAAAAGCAGGAAUCAGAAAACUCUUAAAUGCCUAAGCGUGAGAUAGUAUAGUAUUUGUCAGAUUCCCCCCUGGGAACUACUUUUUUUUUUUUUUGUGAAGAUGUAAGAUAUACCAAUAUAUUUUGGUUGAUUCCCCCUGCGAAAAAAUUUUGAUUUGAUUAUUUUUGUGUGGUUUAUCAGUUAAUAAUGUGCAAAGCUUUUAAAUCCUUA